UUUAACAUGUAAGUUAAUUUAUGCUGUAUUACAAUUAGUCUUUCUAACCACCCAUACUCUCAUAGCUCAUCAACUUACAUACAUACAUACAUAAUACGUAGUCGAGUUUCGUUAACUUUUCCUGAUUAACUAGGGUAAAGCUUAGCAUGUCAAGUAAUAUGGAGAAUUUCUCCACAGAUAUUGUGAAUACAGGGUCCCUUAAUUUUUCAAUCAGGGUUCAACGAGGUUUGCCCAGUUUUCUCAACUCUGUCAAUCUUAAAUAUGUAAAGCUUGGUUACCAAUACUUAAGCCAUGGCUUAUACAUUGUAAUCGCGCCUAUUUUAGCCUUAAUUAUCGGUGCCCAUUUAGGAAAGCUCAUAUGGGAUGACUAUGAACUUGGCUAUGAUUUUUCAAGCCCCAUUUUAUUCAUAGGACUUGUAUACUUGAUUGUGUUCAUCUAUAGGUUCCUUCUUCCAAGACCUACAUACUUAAUCGAUUUCGCUUGUUAUUCACCACCAAACGAGCUCAAGGUUUCAAAGGAAGAUUUCAUCAACUUGGCUAGAAAAUCAGGUAAUUUUGAUGAAAAAACAUUAGGGUUUCAAGAAAAAGCCCUGAAAUAUUCUGGCAUUGGAGAUGAGACAUGUUUACCUAAAACAAUAUUUGAACCUGGAUUCAAGAGAUCACUCAAGGACUCAAGAGAAGAAGCAGCAACCGUCAUUUUCGGAGCUGUUGAUGAUCUCUUAGCAUGUACAAAAAUAAAGGCAAAAGACAUAUCAAUCUUGAUUGUCAACUGUGCUACACUUAACACAACACCAUCUCUUUCUGCUAUGGUUAUUAACCAUUAUAAGCUUAAACACAGUGUUCAAAGCUUCAAUCUUGGUGGUAUGGGUUGCGCAGCUGGAACCGUGGCCAUUGAUUUGGCUCAAGACCUCUUGAAUGUAUAUCCUGGAUCAUAUGCACUCGUGGUUAGCACUGAGAUUGUUAGCCAUUCUUGGUAUACAGGAAAAGACUUAGACAUGGUGCUUCCAAAUUGCUUCCGUAGGAUGGGAGGUGCUGCUAUGCUGCUCUCUAAUCGUCGUCUUGAUCGUUGGAAGGCCAAGUAUGAGUUGAAACAGGUGGUUCGCACCCAUAAAGGCAUGGAUGAUAAGAGCUUCAAGAGCAUAUACCUAAAAGAGGAUGCACAAGGAAACCUAAACAUCUCAGUAAGCAAACAUGUCUUAGAAGUUGGAGGACAUGCUGUUAAAGCUAACAUCACUACACUUGGUCCAUUAGUCUUGCCAUUCACUGAACAAAUUCAAUUCUUCACAACUUUGCUCCUUAACAAAAACUCAACAAAUAGGCCUUACAUUCCGAACUUCAAACAAGCAUUCGAUCAUUUCUGCAUCAUUGCCACGAGCAAGAAAGUUCUCGAUGAAUUCGAGAAGAACUUGGAGCUAACAGAGGAAUACAUGGAAGCAUCAAGGAAAACAUUGGAGAGAUUUGGUAACACUUCUAGUAGUAGUGUUUGGUAUGAGUUAGCUUAUUUGGAAGCUAAUCAAAAGAUGAAAAGAGGUGAUAGGGUUUGGCAAUUAACAUUUGGGUCUGGUAUCAAGUGCAACAGUGCUGUUUGGAAGGCUCUUAGGAACAUUCAAAGGCCUAAUAAGAGUCCAUGGUUCAUGAGUGAGGAUCACUAGUUCUAUUUAAAUAAAUAUAUUAUAUUUUUAGAGGUUUCAAUAAAAAUGGAAGAUAUAAUAUACUUUAAUUAAGAGUUUUAAUAAUUUAAAUAAAUUUUGUAUUUAAUUAAGUAUGAUAAUUGAGAUCUUUACUAAAGUUUAUUCAUUCAUCCAAAGAGAGACAAGGUGACAUGAAACAAAAGUGUAUUGCAUGGACUUAUGUCUAAUUAUCUUAAAUUCGGUAAUAAAUAUGGUUUUUUAGUUUUUUUA